AUGGACGACUUUUUAGACUGCGUUGAUUCUGAGAUCGAAGCAUUAGAGUUAAUUAAGCAAGUAACGGAAAUAAAUAGUCAGGCAGGUUUCGAAAUGCACCAAUGGGCAAGUAACAGUCCUGAAGUAAUGAAAAAUAUCGCCCCUGAGAAAAGAGCCGAAGGUCCCAUAAAUUUUACAGUAAAAAAUUCUCUCGAAUGCUACGAGAAGGCAUUAGGUAUAUUAUGGAAUCCUCGAAGUGACGUGUUUCGAUUUAAUAUAACGUUUACUACUAACACCGCGAAACUUUUAAAUAAGAAAGAUGUAACGAAGAGAGAAUUAUUGAGAGUUAUAAUGUCGGUUUUUGACCCACUCGGUUUCCUAUCUCCUAUUACUAUCAGAGGUAGAAUGCUCUUGCAAGACGUUUGGCGGAGCAGAAUCGCUUGGGAUCAAGAACUACAGGAGUCCGAAGCACGAAAUUGGCAAAAUUGGUUGUCUAGUAUAAGUACUGUUAAGGGGAGCGAAAUUUCAAGGUGUUAUUCUUAUCGCACAGAAAAAGUAGUUCGGAGAGAAUUGCACACGUUCUGUGACGCGAGUAAGUUAGCUUACGCUGCAGUAGCGUACUUAAGAGUGACAUAUGACAAUGGAUCCGUAGAUCUAGCUUUCGUUGCUAGCAAGAGCAGAGUAACCCCGAUGAAACCUCAAUCUAUACCAAGGUUAGAAUUACAAGCCGGAGUCAUAGGUUGUCGAUUAGCAGAAACAAUUAAAAAAGAACUCGAACUACAAAUAAAUGAACAAUACUUCUGGACGGAUUCCAGAACUGUUCUUCAGUGGAUACAAAAUGAUCCACGAACAUAUCCGCCGUAUGUAUCCCAUCGUCUGGGAGAAAUAGAUGAGCUUUCCAAUAUCCAAGAGUGGCGCUGGGUCCCAUCAAAGGAAAACCCAGCGGAUAUUGCGACAAGAGAUACAAACUUUACACCAUCGAGUAUGUCGCAUUGGUUUCAAGGACCAGCUUUUUUAGAAAAAGGAAAGGAAAAUUGGCCUGAAAGUGUCAUUAAGCAAAAUUUUGUAAUUUUAAACGUAAAAAUUCCUAACUUUGGUACUCCCGACAUUAAUCGAUUUUCAUCAUGGUUACGUCUAAUACGAACAACCAUGAAAGUAUUACAAUUUGUACAACUAUGUAAAGGGAAUGUCAUUUCUAAGAAACAAUUGUUUGAUAAAGCAGAAAGACAAUGGAUACUUCAAACACAGCAGGAGUCAUUCGGCGCGGAACUUGAAUCGUUAAAAAGGGGGGAAAAUAUCGACAAGGGUAGUAAACUGUUAUGUUUAUGUCCGAAAUUAGACCAGGAUGGACUAUUAAGAGUAGAUGGUAGGAUCAACGCAGCGAGAAACGUAUCAAAAAAAAUGAAGAACCCAAUAAUUUUAGACGGUAAACACCCUUAUUCCAGGUUACUUAUCGAUUACUUUCAUAAAAAAUUUCACCACGGUAAUCAAAUGACGGUUAUAAACGAAGUAAGGCAAAAAUUUUGGAUUACUAAACUACGAUCUACUGUACGUGCAGUGGUGGAUCAUUGUCUGUACUGCCGACUGCGACGAGCUAAACCGAAAGUACCUCGAAUGGGAGAGUUACCAACAGCGAGAGUAUCUCACCACGUUUGGCCAUUCACCUAUUGCGGAAUAGAUUAUUUUGGCCCAAUGCAGGUUAAAAAAGGGAGACGUCGCGAAAAACGUUGGGGGGUAUUAUUCACGUGCUUAUCGACUAGAGCAGUGCAUCUUGAAUUAGCUGCAUCCCUAAGCGCAGAUUCAACGAUUCUAGCUAUCCGCAGAUUAUCAGCGCGUAGAGGCCAACCUCUUGAACUCUAUUCUGAUCAGGGGACCAAUUUUAAAGGAGCAGAUAGAGAAUUGCGCAAUGCUAUUUCUGAAAUUGAUGUAGAAAAACAACGUGAAUAUGCUGCAGCUAACUCCAUCACUUGGAAAUUUAACCCCCCGGCAGCACCACACAUGGGUGGUAGCUGGGAGAGGUUAGUGCGGUCUAUUAAAACCUCGCUAAAAGUAAUACUUAAAGAACAAGCUCCAACAGAAGAAGUGUUACUAACCCUCAUGACAGAAGCAGAGUAUGUCGUGAAUUGUCGCCCUCUCACGGAAAUUUCCAUGGACCCAAAAGAUCCGGAAGCAUUGACGCCCAAUCAUUUUUUGAUCGGCUCAUCAUCCAGAAUCCCUGACGUGAAUAAAUAUGGAAUAAUACAGAAGUGUUCGCGAAAACAGUGGAAAAUAGCUCAACAUUUGAGUGAAGAAUACUGGAAGAGAUGGAUAAGGGAGUAUCUUCCUACAAUGAUCUCAAGAAAAAAGUGGCAAGAAGACUCACAUCCGAUAAAGACCGGUGAAGUUGUAGUUAUAACCGACAGACGCUUCCCAAGGAAUACUUGGUUGAAAGAGAUCGUAGAACAAACAUAUCCUGGGUUGGACAAACGUGUACGAGUUGCUAAAAUAAGAACAAGUAGAGGAUCACUUAUGACGAGUAGGCCAUAA